UAUCAGCACAUUUCUCCUGUAUUUCGCCCGUAUCAAAGAGCACUUCCACCCUCAGCAGCUGGUGGAUUCUUGAUCCAAACACCAGGACAGUUGCUACGGCAAUCUGACGGCCUGCGUCGGAUACAAGAACCAAUCAGCCUCCGGCCAUUUCGGUCCAAGGUACUCGAAGCUAGGUGCUCAUUUGGGCCUUCGUCCAAGUGGGUCUUGGCUGAUCCGAUUUUCGAAGCCUGUCCAAAUCACAAAGUCCCUAUUGGACGUCGGCAAAGAUGCCGACGUGGCCGACUUCCUCGGUUGCUCGUGUGA